UGACUUAUGUCAAACAUUGAUAAUAAAAUGUACACAAAAACAGUGAGCAAAGACAAAAUCCGGCGCAUCGUAUACGGCACCUGCGUUGUGCUGGCCGCCGACGGCGGCGCCAGCGGCGGGGCGCGGCCCCGCAAGGUGACCAUCACCCUCCUCCGGCGUCGGGGGUGCUGGCGAGCCCUCAGCUCGCGGAGGGUGGCCGUCUUCGCCUUCCCGGAGGCGUGCGGCCCCUUCUCCGUCCCUGCCCCGCUGGACCUGGAGUACCUCUUCAGGUGCAGCGGCAAGGCAGACGCCGGAGCCAUGCAGAUCAAGAUCUGCGUGGCGUACUACUGCCGCGGUGCCCCUCGCAAGGCCCGCGUUAGCCUGGAGGAGUUCAUGGAGCCGCUGCUGGAUGGAGGCCGACCUGGCAGUUUCUACCUGUAUAUCUACGAAGACAAGGUCGCCCUCCAGCAGGCAAGCCAACAGUUCCAGGCUCUUCCCACGGCAUGGCCACUGGAACAGAAACCCGGCAAGGGAAAGAAGGCCAUGUGUAACGAAGGACACACUGACAAUGACGACACCUACACUGAAUGGAAGGCUUACCUGGAAAAGGUGUUUUCGAUGGAUGAUGAUGAUGAAGAAAGCACCGACAAUAAUGACGACACCUACAGUGAAUGGAAGACUUACCUGGAAAAGGUGUUCUCAGUGGAAAGUGAUGAAGCAAACACCGACAACGAUGAUGACACCAACACUGAAUGGAAGGUUCCCUCGGAAAAAGUGUUUGCGGUGGAAUAUAACGAACCUGACGAGGCGGUCCACGAGGUUGUGGAAGCCUCUGAUAUGGAUGGCACUGAUGCACACGAGGCGGUCCACGAGGUUGUGGAAGCCUCUGAUAUGGAUGGCACUGAUGCAUACAAGGCGGUCAACGAAAUGGGGGAAGCCUCUGCUGGCACUGCUGCAGAAGAGGAGGCCCCCGAGCUACACCCCGAGCUGGAGCAAGCCUCUGCUGGCACUGCUGCAGAGGAGGAGGCCCCCGAGCUACACCCCGAGCUGGAGCAAGCCUCUGGUGGCACUGCUGCAGAGGAGGAGGCCCCCGAGCUACACCCCGAGCUGGAGCAAGCCUCUGGUGGCACUGCUGCAGAGGAGGAGGCCCCCGAGCUGCUCCCCGAGCUGGAGCAAGCCUCUGGUGGCACUGCCGCUGAAGAGGAGCCCCCCGAGCUACACCCCGAGCUGGGGGAAGCCUCUGGUGGCACUGCCGCAGAGGAGGAUGCCACCGAGCUUGGGGAAGGCUCUCGGAGCGGGAACAGUGCCACAGACAGGGGAGUUUCCCGUCAAGGCGAGGCCCCUUCACCAGUGUCCGUCUCUGCCGCCGCCGCCACAGGUUUCCACGCCUACCGCAGCCUCACCGUGGCUCAGAGGUUCAUCGCCCGUCUCGCAGGCCCCAGUGACCGCCAGCUGGAGGACCUGCAGCGGAGCCACGGCGUCAGCAUCGUGCGGGUCAGGCGAACCCUGCACAUCAAGGGCCACAGGGACGCCGUCCUGCAGUGCCACAGCCACGUGCGCGAUGUGAUCGUUGAGUGGCGGAGGCGCGAGGCCGCCGAGGCUCAGUAAGCGGCCCACAGACAUGCCUGUGACCCGUGACGGCCUCGUCACCACCGUGUUUCUUAGCAUUUCUUAGCAUUUCUUAACAUUCCUCUCAAUCUAGAUAUUCUG